AUGAUACGUCGACCGAUAUCACUUUCUCUAUACCCGAAUCUGCGGGAUAAUCAACCUCUUCGCGUCUGCGUAUCUGCAGAAUCAGUGCAACAGCCUCGUCGAGCCGAUUCAUAUUUCACUUUGUGGGGGAUCCUCACUGGGAGCAAGGAUUUGCUGUCUCACAAGGAGCGCAAGCGAUUGGGCAGUGAGCGAACCAGCGAUGCUCCUCGAGCUGCCACUGGACUCAGCAAGCCACCGCGACUGAACCACAAGGGCCUCUUCCCACCACGGUGGGAUCAAGAGUCCCGGUCCAUUUUUAUCUACCGCUCAACGCCGCCGCCCCGUCUCUCCCACCACGUCUUGGCCGGAGUCGCCGUCGGUCUUGUGUGGGGCUUUCUGCUCAACAUGUCCACACUUCGACGUGUUCAACUGCCGCCGUGCCGUUCAAACCUCAGAGUGUAUCGUCAUUUUCUCCCAAGUUUCUCACUUGUUGAAACACAAACAAGCACGAUGCAUGCGUGGCCCCCGGAUGCCUGUCUAAAGCAUGUCUCGAACAUGGAGCUCCCCGGCGUUGUUUGUGUUGGCGAUACCCUAUGCCGUAUCAUCAAGAAGGAAUCACGGGGAAUUACAACCCUUCCCCUCUAUUUCCUACCCUCCACUGGUCCGGUCUUCUAUUGCGGCAAGGGAUCUAAGGCGUCCCCAGCCACACCCCGUUUCCAUAUCCGUGCCUCGGCCGGUGCGUUCCCUGCAACGAGCAAACGAACGGUUGAACCUCACUGCCGUCAGGACUCAGUGGUCACCAGGCCCACUCCAGUAGAAAAGUCCCCGAGCCGUGCUGUGGCUUUCCUCUGUUCCCGCACCUAUGUCUCAGCUCCCGCUCCUGGCGUACCGGUACAACCAGAAUAUUUUGAUACAGCGGGAGCGUUGGGUGCUACCUACCCCCAAGGGAGUCGAUACCGAACUCCUUCUUUGUUGCAACAAUGUCUCGAAACAACAAAGUCCUAUCAAGUGGCAAAUGCAAUCGUUUUCUCGGCGCUCGCAAACCGUCCAAGCUUUGACGGUUUGCCGAUCAUUGACAUCCGCGCGGAUCCGCGUGGUGAAUCCUACAAGGCAUUCUUGUGCGCUUCCCGAUUCUCCCCCACAAAUGUCGUCAGAAAGAGAGCCGCCUUGCCGCCAGCGAGCCUGGACUCCCUCUCGAUGAGUCGUUCAGGCAGGAUUCAUCCUUCGCACCCGCUGUCGGUGUCCGUACAGGACCGUACAGCAGCUCUUGACGUCCCCGAAAUGCAAUACCGCAGCCGCACCGCAAGCGCGCAUUUGCUCCACAGCCAGGGAUUAACCCAUAAUUCUUUCAGCUACUCCGGGGUCUUGUCUUAUGCCCUUGCCCUUGACUCUUUGACGCUGGGACCACGGGAUGUGAAACAUGAGAUCAUGGAGACUUUGGGGCCUUGGAAUGGCCUAGGCUCUUUCUCUGUUCGGUGGAAUUUCCCGGCUCCCUACCCUCUCCCCCCCACCGCUCCUCGUCCCGUGGAGUACCAAGCAUCUAAAACGGCAGAGUCAAGAGUCAUGAAGGAUCCCGGGUCCUCCCUCAUGUGCCAAGGCCCGUUGGGAGACGAUGAACGAUCCAAGACUUCUUUCUCCAUGCCCAGGUACGAAGGGUGGUGGACAUUUUGCUGCCUGCAGUAUAAACAGUUCCCCCCAAAGCCAGCAUGGCGCAAGCUUUCCGGCCCCCAAAUGAUCCAGGGUCCGGUAGUUGGGGACUCGAGGGCGUGGGAAAAGAAACGGCGUGGCGUCUGUAUUUCCGAGACCCUUCUCCCCAAAGAGGCCAAGGAGGCCUCGACCACCCGUUUGAAUCAUGGAUCCCUUCCAUCUGCUCGCGGAAAACAGAUACCUAGCAAAAGAGAUCCAAAUGCUCGUCGAUUGCCUACAUUCCACGUCUGCCUACCUUUACGAGGUGCCACCAAGGCAGGACUAUCCGUCUUCUUUUCCAUGCUACGCCUCUCCGUUCCCAUCAAAGUUACCCUAUCCCUACGAGGCAUACUCACGCCUGGACUCUUUUCUCCAUUCCUUAUCCUGAUUCAGAAUCAUCGCAACGGCGUAGAUACCAGACAAGACCGUCUGCCUACUGAAGCGUCCGCAACAACACACAAAAUACCAGGUCGCGUACAGCCGGACCUAGCCCUGUCCGUCGCGGCCGAGAAACCGGCCACUCCCCCAUUCACUACUCCACACCGGCGAGCCUUGGACUCGCGUCUUCUAAAACUGCCCUUCCAUGCCUAA